GGGCAGAACCCCUACACUAAUUGGCUAACCUUCCAACGAAAGUUGCUCGAGCGUUUUGAUCACAUCACACCCGGGCAGUGCCUUCGCCUGAUAAAAGAAUAUACGCAGCAGCCUCAGGAAACCUUGGCCAGAUAUGCAGAGCGUUUUACUUACUUAGCCAAACGCUCCGGGGUCGAUGAAAAGAUGGUGCGGACUGAUUUCGUUAGGGGACUGUCCGAUUCUUGCUUGCGGAAGAAGAUCCGCAAGAAAUGCAACCCGAUAGAACACACACUGACCGAACUCAUUCAGUAUGCCAUUAAGUACGGGAAGGAAAAUUACGAUGUAGGUCUAGAUUCGGAGUCCGACGAAGACGACCCUUCGGGUGUCCGACGCCAUAGCUACUUCGCUGCGGCGCAAAUGUUCGAGGAUCGCUUCGGGUUAGGACCGGCGAAGAAAAAUUCGGAUCGAAAAAUUUUGUCUUCCACGUCGACCUCCCGACGCUCUGGUCAAGCUCAAGGAGGUCGGGACGAGGACGAAAUAUCAAUGAAAGAGGUCGCGGCUCAGCUGGUCAUGGUAGUAGCCCCGCUGACGGAAUUCGUUCAAAACUUGCAGCGACAACGGGUGGCAGCUGCGCAACGACAGCAAACUACCAUUGCCGCCGGUACCCCUAUGACCCGACCAGCAGCAGCAGGAGUGGCCCAACCUCUACGGUGCUACAACUGCAAUCAGUCGGGCCACCUUGCAAAAGAUUGUCCGAAACCUCGAACUCAGAGUGGGCCCGCGGGGCCCACCGGACCUUCCCAAAUCCCGUUGGCUGCUCAUACCGUUGCAGGACAAGGGAGGGUAGCCAUGGUGAUGGAUACUGGAACAACGGAACUGGUGCCCCCUGUGGCCGUCGAGAUAGGACCCGAUGAGUAUAUGGCUGCGGCGAUGUUCGAAACCGGGACCAUUGGAGUGAUACGUCACAUCCAAAGGAUUACCGAGGAAAGCGACCUCGGGUCUUGGCGGUCGGGGUUCGAAGAUCUCACGACACCUGGCCCUGAGUACAAAGACGGUCACAUCGACGUGUCGGAUGCGUUGAAGGCUCUGGAUCUACAGAUCCCCGUCCCUAUUCCCUAUCUGCUAACCAUUUCCGAGGCGGCUAACGAAAAAUGCGGGGUUCCAUGUGACUCUGGAGAAAAGCGAGUUCGCGAGUUCUUUCUGUCCAAAAUUUCCUUUUUGGGCUACAUCGUCACGAUCGAGGGACUGAAACCGGAUCCCAGGAAGGUAGAAGCAGUUCGAGAAGCCCCGGCCCUGGUCACGCUCACUCAGGUUCGAGCCUUCCUAGGGCUGGCCUCUUAUUAUCGGCACUUCAUUCAGAGCUUUGCCUGCCUCGCCAAGCCGCUGAUGAACCUGCUGAAGAAGGAGGAGCAGCUGAUCUGGACGCCGGAAUGCGAGGCGGCUUUUCGGGCACUCAAGGAGGCUUUGAUAUCGGCACCCGUGUUGGCGCGUCCCGAUCCGACAAGACAGUUUGCGCUGCAUACCGACCGGCAGUCGCAAGCGAUAUCGGCGGUGCUGACUCAGCAAGGAACGGAUGGAAGGGAGCACGUCAUCGAGUAUGUGUCGAAAACGCUAAGUCAGGCGCAGUCAAACUACGAGGCGUGCAAGGACGAAGACGCGCGGGAAUUGCACCGCGCACUAUACAAGUCGGUGGUGUUGGGGAUGUUCCGGUUCUUCGUGAAUCACGAAGAUCACUGCAUCGGGGAGCACUUCGUCGUUUAUUACGUCAUCACGCGGCCCAAGCCAGCGCAGAGGGAGGGGACGGUGGCGUUGUACCAAUUUGCCCAGCUCCAGACGACCGAUCCGAGAUUGUUGGAACUCAUAUAUCUUGAGCUCCUAUCCAUUGCGCAAGUGAUCGCGAGCGAGGAAGAGGAGGUCCAACCACGAUUGCGGACGACGGCCCCGCGGAGAACGUACAACGCGGUCAUCAUCCCGGAUUACAUUGCGCACCGCGAGGAGAGGUUGGAGGACUUCCCGGAGGAAAAGUCGUUGCGAACUCCCUCGUCGUAUCCCAGAUCCCCCAAGCGGGAGCGACGACCCUACACCGAGACUCAUAUGGUGAUGACGGGUCCCGGACCGUGGUCGGUGCGCAAGCGGGUGGUGCGAGCGGUGGCGGAUCUGGCGCCACGUGUCCUGUCUCAUGUGUCGGGGGGCUUUCUCUAUCCCUCGUUUGUCCAGCACCACUUCCAUGAGGAGGACGCACCGACGACUCCCGCGGCAAUGACCGCUUUCCUUCCACCUAUUCCACCCCCUCUUAAUCCCGACAUCGAUCACUUCCUUUGAUCACCCUCGUCUACCUCUCCCCUCUUCUCUCGUUCUCCUUCUCUUCAUCGUCUUCCUCUCCUAUGCCCCAAAGUUAGCGCGUCGAGACGCG